UUAUUCUUUAUUGUUCAUUGCGUUAGGUACAUAUGCAUUUAAACACAAAGAUAAAACACCUAGAUAAAAGUUAAAAAUCAAAAAAGCAUUUUCAAAAAUGACGAAAAAGCUUGCUUCCGAAGAUAUUUUCUAUGACCAUUUAACUUUAGGCUUAAUGGGAACACUUGCUAAGAUACCACGAGUGUGCAAUGUUCGCUGCGAACACCGUAAGCCAUGUGAGAAGACUCAGAUUGUAAAUUGGGAACAACGACACACUAUGUAUUUGCCAGAAGACAUGAAAAAGUUUUAUUUAUCUUCAGAUGGAUUUCUAUUACAGUGGAGCUAUCAGUAUGCCCCUGGAGAUUUGCGACGUGUUGGUUACAUUCAUAUACCACCUCUUCAGCAAAUAACUUUGUUACGAGAGAGCGUUGAACCUUCCAGUAGUUCAGCAACGGCAAAUACAUCUGCUGUUUCUCUUUGCAAAAAUUUAUUAUCAACAACAAAACUUUCUGCACAGUCCGAAAAUUCUGGAGCAGGCCCGGUGGUAGAUGAUAUGGUAGGUGCAGUUGGGGGUAUCAGAAUUGUCGAUGAAGUUGGGACUAAUACUAUUGGGACGUUAGGUACUUCAUCACCAUUGCCGAAAAAGGAUCGCUGGAGUAAUCCAUUACCUAAUAUAACAACCAAGACAAAAAUAUUUGAAAUAAAUAACGUCAAUGAAGUAGCCAAAGUGUGUAUGCUUUUUGAAGCGAAUAGCUGUAACCUUCCAAAAUUCUACCUCUAUGAAUUGAACACAAUGAAGUGGACAUUUCUAUCUGACACAUUCAGCGAAUAUUUACGAAUGGCCAUUGCUCAUUUAGGUUUGCCUUAUUGGGAGCUUUGUUUCUCCAACAUAGGGCUACCAUCAUGGACAGAGCAAUUAUUUCUGUUGCUGGCGCCACAUUUAUUAGAGGACUAUGAGCCUCGUCAAGACCGUCAAGUUAAUCCAUCACCUGAACAUCCCUAUAACAUUAUCGAUUCAUCAGUUUUCCGUAUUAAACCAAAAACAUCUGUGAAAUCUGCUGUUUCAAGAAAAAAUGCAUCAUAAAUAAGGUUUCAAUGCCUCC